ACGGUCCAAGUGGAUACUUGGCUCUGAAUCGAAUGGCUCGCGGCCGAUUCAAGCUUUUCCACAACAUGACCGGAGACGUUUUUACUCUAUUUGUCGUAAUCAGCCUGACCGCUGCACAGCUCCAAGCAUUCUUCAACACGACGGCGCAGCCAAUUAAUUCCAACUUCACCUGCGCCGGCCGCCCGACUGGCUACUACGCCGACGUACCGUCGAACUGCAGAAUUUACUACAACUGCGAUGACCAGGGUAAUAAGUUUUCUUAUCUCUGUCCGGAGAUGACCGCCUUCCGACAAGAGGCUCUGAUCUGCGAUCACGCGUACCUCGUUGACUGCCAGGCGGGAGUUCGGCUCGGCAAAAUGGUCCACGAACCUUCAGCCGAGUCAGAAUCCAUCUCAACCAUGACGCAGCCUAGUCGAUGGAUGACGGGUAAUCUCUACCGCAAUUUUUCUUCCAAGAAUAACUCAACGGUCGGUAAAGAGGUCAGUACUGGGCGCUUCCAUUUUGGUACAGUCAAUUCACCCGAGCGCUCUAACAAUUCGAACGUGGUUCCAAACUGGGCGGACGAUCAGAGGAUGAAGCAGGUUUCAAGCACGGAAAGUUUUUCAGGGGACAAAUACAGAGUAUAUAAUAAAUCCCCCUUCGGUUACCAGAGGCUCAACGUCAGCGAGAACUGGCAGAGCGACCGCCAGCAGACGUUCUCCAAUCUGCCCACCGAAGCUCGAUUCGGGACCCACUUCGAAAAACUGAUAAAGAGCAAGCAAGUAUAUCCUCGAGAUGGAUCAGGCGAAGAUCAGUUCACUGUGAACUCGAAAGAACAGCACAUCGAGUCUACCACGUCACGUUCCGGCUUCGGAUAUCCGCGGACCACGGAAUCUCACUUCAGUUUCCAAAACAGCAAUUAUCCUCGCUGGGACAAAGUGGGUGCCAAGUCCACUCAGAAUCCUGGCCGACCGUCCACGACGACCCCGACAACGCCAUUGACCUCGGGAUUUCCCCAACGCGAUUAUACCGCAUCCUUGAAACCGCUUGUCCCCAACGUCCUGGAGGACGAUCCUUAUUACCCGACUGAAACCGGGACAACAACGGAAAUCUACUUCACUCCCAGUGAAAAUAACGACGUACUACCACGAGCCUUGACUGCUCCGAACUUUCAACCCCCUCUUGUUGGCGUGUACUUCAAGGUACCCGAUGUGUGGCCAGACCUCAAUACUAUCGACGAUAUCGUAGAUCGAAGAAAACUUUUCUACAUACCAAGAACCAAUAACUUCUCAUAAUUAUUGCAAAGUUCGCUCACUGAUUAAGGUUUCCAUAAAUCGUCAGUAAUUAAUUUUAAAUCACCAAAUAUUCUCACUUGCAAUAAUACAAGCGCAAUAUCAAAAUAAUCCAUCAGUGUUAUCAUCGAACCACAUAAGCUCAGCUCAAUUACUGUGAAUACUUUAGGGUGCUCAAUUUUUGUACAUACAUGCACAGUCUCAUUUGUUCAAUUAAAUAAAUUACUUAUCGCCAAAA